AUGGAUUUCGUGAACAAGUUGAUUGGUAAAGCCAUGGAGAGGAGCGGUGAAGGCAGCAGCGGGGCUCAACAACCUCCACCACCAUCAGCAGGAUACGGAUAUCCCCCUCAACAGCCACCGCCAGGAGCAUACGGAUAUCCUCCACAGCAGCCGCCUGUCUACGGAUACGGUUCCACUCCUCCUCCUCCUCCUCCUCCCCCUGGUCCCCAGGGGCCUCCAGGUCCUCCACCUGGUCCUUCUCCUCCUCCCGGUCCUCCACCAGAACUUCCAUACCCAUGGAUCGCCCGGUGGGAUGACCAGACUCGACGCUCCUACUACGUGAACCAGCAGACCGGCGAGAGCACCUGGUAUCGUCCGGGCGGUGCACCACCACCACAGCAACAACAACAAUCGUAUGGACAGCGUUCCAUCGACGGUGGUCCCUACGGUCCACCUCCACCUCAACCCCAACCCGCGUACGGCCAACCGUCGUAUGGAGGUCAGCCUCCCUAUGGACAGGGACCACCCUACGGCCAGCCGGCAUAUGGAUACGAGGGAUCCCGCCAGGGAGAGUAUUACCCUCCUCCGGCGCAACAGCCGGAGAAGAAGGACCGACGUAUGUUGUAUGGAGCUGCGGGUGCGGCCGCCGGGGUGGCCGGUGGUGCUCUUCUGAUGCAUGAGUGGGACGAACAUACAGAGGGCAUCAAAGAUGGGGUGGAAGAGUUCCCGGAGGACGCUGCCAGGUGGACGGGUGAAAAGGUCGGUGAGGUCCAACAGGGCUGGGAUAAUACCGUCGACGCCGUGGAGGAUUUCCCUGAGAAUGCGGCCGAGUGGACCGGGGAGAAGGUUGGGGCUGUGGAACACUUCGGGGAUGAGAUUAGGGAUGAAUACGAUGCGGGAGAGGCCGAGGGUCGGGGCGAUUGGUGA